CUUUCUCACCGUGCCACAUUUCAAUCGACGUGUACCUCAACCUUGACCGUAUUAGCGUUGAGCCUGUGCCAUGAUGAUCCAUCCGCAGCCCUUCCGCCUCCUCGACUUACCGUUUGAAAUUCGCAACAAGAUCUAUGAGGAGAUGCUCUGUUCGGUCGGGUCGACCUCCACGCCUGACAUGUCGCCCCUCGCUAGAAUCGUGCGGCAAGAAGCAGAACCCAAUGGUAUCAAUCAGGUGUCGCAUUCCAUUGAGACGACCAUUCUUCGGGCCUGCCGGGCGGUCCACCUAGAAGCUUACGAUGCCAUGGUGAAGACAAAUCGUUUCAUACGCAUUCGAGUCACUAGCCCUGGAAUGCCGGGCUAUCUAGUACGAGCCCAAGUUCCUAUCCUUACGAUGGACCGGGCACAUACAGCCCAGUUCAGGGGAUAUGUCAUGCAGUUAAACAUGCACUUGGAGGAUGGCCUGCGCGACCUCGAGUCGUUCCCACAUCUCGAUUUCAUGAUACUCGGUCGCGAUUGGGAGGCUUUUUGCGAUUACUUUACGACGGUCUCGAGAAGGGAGCGUGAAAAUUCAUGUAUCAGAUUAGCCUUCAGCCCAGACACGGUCGACCUUCUGGAUUACCAGGCUCCACUCACCGACAGCUUCCUGGAAAAGACACAAACCUCCCUCCUAAAGGCAUUCCGGAUGCACGCUCGAGACCUUGACGAUGUUCAAAUCACCGGGCUAGUCUCCCCCGCGCUGGCAACAUCAGUAAUCGCAGAAGUAACUUCAAAAUCAUGGCAGGACACGUCAAAGAUACUUGCAGACAUGCAAGCUGCACACAAGCUUGCAGGCCAACUUUUCGCAGCGAACAAGAUAGUCAAGGCAUGCUCAACAUGGACCGGUAUCUUAUGGCUCAUCCCUCGCAUAGAACGCAACCCAAACUGGCAGUCUCACACCACGCAGCCCGAUCAACGCAGUGCGUUCGACAUCGUAAACGAGCUCUAUUUCACCGCCGUUGCCAACAUGGGGAAAUGCUACCUGUGGUAUCUCAGGAACCCACCCACCCAGUUGUCCACCCGGUUUAUCAAAUUGCUCUGCUUGGGUGCAUUGGGCCACUGCACCACCGCCUUGCGUCUCGCAGGCGUUCACGACAACUACAACUACUACUACGAAGACGAGGAAGACGACGACGACGACAAUGACGACGACAAUUAUGAUGAGGCAGUAACGGCAACAACAACAACAGGUUCAUGGCAGCCUAGCCACGCCGCUGUGGUGAAUCUGAAGAUCGAUUCGCGUGAGUGCCGUAGACUACUCGUGGAGAUAGACAAAAGGUAUGUGAGGGAAGGGUGAGUCCCGCCCGAGGAGCGGCGUUUCGCGGUAGGUUAUCAGGAGCAUGGCGACCGAUGAUGCGGAAUUUGCGGAGAGAUUCGGAGAGUCUGGUCAUGUUGACGACUCUUUGGUAGUAGAGGCUGGCUUAUUGCGAGGCUAGUAUGAGUUGAGCAUAGUGCUGGGGAUUUUCGGUGUGUGCUGGGGAUUUUAUGGGUUCUCUUCUGGAUAUGAUAUGGAUGCAUUUUACAAUUCCAUCAUGUCGGCCCUACAUACAGAAAACAAGCGCUUGCAAAGGGGAGUAGGU